CCUGGUUUGAGGGCUGAAAGGUUGUGCUUCGUACGGGGAGGCCAGGUGAGGGCUGCAGACAGGGACGGAUAUCGAUGCUGUGAGAUGGCAUGGACCAUCUUCAGCUUUGCAAUGCAGAUCCACUCAUGCAUUCAUUGGCGAGUUGUAGCUGAUUAAGCCACGGGACCGACACAGCUGCUUCAGCACAUCCACAGGCAAGAAACCGACCAUCAGAACGCGUGGAUGCAUUCGCCGUACAUGGUGUGUAUGCAUCACGAAGGUUGCAUACUGCAUCGAUGCCAUUGCCCGCCUCUCAUUGGCCUCUUGUCAUCUGUAACGUCGCGCCAAAGGUCAGUCCACGGCCACAAGACCGCCAGGAAUCGCAUUCGUUGUGUGUGUGCGUGUGCGUGUGUAUUUGUGGCGGUGCAGGUGUAGGCGUCUGUGCGGCCUGCCUCUGGUACCUGGGAGAUGAUGGAGGACCUACUGGGGACCUUCACUGCCAGCGGCAGCGCCAGUCUGUUCUCGACCGUCCCUCCCUCCGCAUCCGCAGACCCAGCACCGUCCCCAUCUCACGAGGAGUACAUGCAGAGGUGCAUCCUGGAAGACACCGACACGGGCGGCGGCGAGUGGCUCGGCACAAGCACAGAGGGAUUGCCAUCGUCCCCUGCUGCUGCUGGUCGUGGUGGUGGUGCUGCUGCUGGGCUACUCUCCACCGGGCCUGACAGACAGGUAUGCCAGCGGGUGCUUUCCGUCGCAUCAUGUGUGUGUAUCGUGUGUGCAGAGGUGGCAUCCGAUGGGCGACUGGUUCAUCCGCAACACCGCCGAAAACAAAUCGACCAAAGAGGUGAAUGACUGAAUGGCAAACAAUCGACAGCACGCGCCUUUCGGCUCUCACCUUUCCUUGAUGCAUGCGUGUAGGACACCGACUCGGAUAACAGGCUUUGGUGGAUUGAGGGUUGGCGGCGGGGCGGUGCAAAUGGAGGAGAUGGGUGGCUGUCGCAGACCACAUUGAACCAGACCGACACCCGCCCCACAUCAAACAACACCGACACCGCCCGCGAGGUGGCCCCGUUCGUCUCGCAGGGCGUGCUCAACGGCACCACCACGGCCGGCGCUUCCCCCCCGCCCCCACCCCCACCCCCACCCCCACCUCGAUCCACCGAGCAAGAUAUGAACAUCGGCGACGGUGGCGAUGCGGGCAUGGGGAUGGACGCAUUUGAGUACUCACUCAACCUGACCGAGCAGGACUCGUUGUCGAUGACCAUGGAGGACAUCGCUGCGCAGACCCUGCGCAUGACGCAGCGUGCCGACGAGCAGCGCUUGGGCACGACCGUCACAUCUAGCGGCGGCAGGGGUCCUCCCUCCCUACUCGAGCAGAAGUUUCCCCACUUGUUCAGGGCGGAUGGCAUGGCCUUCCUCAACCACACGCACACACACGGCGGGACGGCCGGGGAGUCCCCUCCUCUUCCCGUCCGUCGACCCCACCCAAAGGCCAUGGUCGACACUGGACGUGCUGCAGUAAGCCGCCACCAGACCGCCCACAGCGCCGAUGUGGGUGUCGGAACUGGGGACGAGGAGGGUGUGGGUGCGGGAGGGCCGAUGAGUCAUGCCGAGAUGAUGAAGAAGAUCCAGUCGCUGGAGGAGCAGCUGGAGGCCAAAAACGUGCAGCUCAAGGAACUGCAGGAAAAGGUACGCUUUUGACACGCGAAGAAAGACGCAGUCGCUCACCCACAGUGCACAUGCAUCUGUCUGUGCUGUGUGUCUUGAUGCAGCAGCUCCUGCACCAACGGGCCACAUUGGAUGGUUCCUCUGCUUCUCCGGCCAGUAGUACUGCUGCUGCCGCCUCAAUGAUGCUCUCUUCGCCCGCUCCAACUGCUGGUGGUCACGCGGCUCGCCCACCCACACCACCCCCGCCCCCUCCCCCGCCCCCGUCAGACUCACCCGGCAAGGACGGCCCGUCCGUUCUCGCUGGUGCUGCGAACGGCAUCAAUAGCGAGUCCAAUCUGAGGAAGGACCCAUCGUCAGCUGCGCAGACCAACACGCAGGCGAGACUGGAGCGGCUCACCCCGCCGCCCCCGCCCCCGCCUCCCGAGGCACAGAUCCUGCAGCAGCUCAGGGCCGCAAAGACGAACGCGUCCAGUCUCCACCGCCGCAUCAAUAAGGCACUCUCUCUCAUCGAAGGAGCCGAGAAGAAGGGCACCGUGAAGCUGGCGGGGGAGAGCACCACCAGCUCAUGCAGCCGCUUAGCUGCGGCGGACCUCGCGCGUCUCGUACGCUCAAUCCAUGGCGCCCUCAGACACCCCUCGCCGGUGGGCUGGAUACACACGCAAUGCCUCGAUGUAUUGGAUGAGUGGUGCAAACGUGCGGUUGGUUGGGGUCUGUGUGUGUUUCACCUUUGUACUCAGUGUGUUCCCACACGGACAGUCUUCACACAGACCAGAUUAUCACCGCCGCUCAAGACCGCCAGUGUCGACUCGCGCCAGUCAAUGGUACGUGCAAACAAGAAGGCAGGAGACAGCGAGCAAUCCUUGUACGACCGGUCGAUUGCACCAUUAUUGAGCCGCGAUGGAUCGAUCGGUUGUCUCUGUGUGUGUCUCUCAUUGCCUCAGGCUGGCGACCGUCGCCCCACCACCCAGCAGCCGGCCCCGUCACGCCCAGCCAUUCCACAGGCCAGCUCAUCACCGCCGCCCGUCAACACAACCACUGUCGACUCGACCGCCGCUGUACCGUCCUCAACGGCACUGCAGCCGACAAACACAUCAAAGGUAAGAACAAACAAGAGGAACAGCCAGCCAGCAAUCUUCAUACGAUCGGUCAAUGGCACCCACCGUCUCUCACAGGUCGUGUUUGAGUGCAAGUGUGUGCGGACGAGGCCUGGCGAUGAGCUUUGCGUCGCCGGCGGCGUCAGUGAGCUCGGCGAUUGGGAUGUGGAUAGGGCGGUACGGAUGGACGGCUACAACUUCCCCAUCUGGAGCAGCGGAGAACUCAGCCUGCCGUCGUUGCGUGUGAUAGAAUUCAAGUACGUGCUCCGUAGGGCAGACGGCGGGAAGGAAUGGGAGACAUUCGACGGUACGUAAGACACACACGGAAAGAUGCGGAAAGAGUGUAUGAUGGCAUUACUCGACGCUUCUGUUGGUGCUGGAUGGGUGCCCAGGCAAUCGCGAGGUCACUCUGUCCAACCAGGACGAGCCCACCACCAUCAAAUCGGAGUUCGGUGAGUGAGCUGCCUCGACGUGUGCAGUUUCCAUUUCGGAGUUUGCAAGAAUGUCGAUGCUACGGGAGAGGAUGAGGGCUGCCAAGGCUGCCCAGAAGCACUAGCUAGAUGGGGGGAGGGAGGGGAGGGAGCGUGUGGUGCGUCCAUACACACAUCUGAUACAUGUUUGAGCCUGCAACAAACACAGAUAUAGACUGACAUGACUCUGACUGACGUGAAUGCAUAUGACACACUCACAUCUGUCUCAUAAACAAAGCUAUUCAC